UUUGUUCAAUUUCACAAGCUUCGUUAUAAUUAAUUAAGUUAAUUUAUUUUUAAUUUAAGUAUUUAAACUUACGUUUUCUUCACUAAUCCAUCCCAAUUAGCUGCUGCUCUAUAAUGUGAAUUUUGAUAGCAACUGAAAUUACAAAAUUGCGCUCAUAAUCUUUUGAACAGAGUUUAAUGAGUGUGAAAAUGAAGCUGGAAUGUGAAUUAAUCUCUAAGGAGAUAAUAAAACCAUCUUCUCCAACCCCAGAUCAUCUCCGCCACUACAAACUCUCAUUUCUUGAUCAAAUAUCACCUCCAGUCUAUAACCCUUUGCUGCUCUUUUAUGAAACAGAUGGUGAGACCAAAUUCAACAGUGUCGAAAAAUAUAAUCAACUUAAGCAAUCUUUAUCUCAGGCCUUAAUCCAUUUCUACCCAUUAGCGGGACGGAUUAAAGACAAUCAUUUCGUUGAUUGCAAUGACGAAGGCAUUCCUUGUUUACAGGCAAAAGUCUCCGGCAAACUUUCUGAUGUUGUUCAAAGUCCGGUGCCUACUGAAAUCAAGAAGCUGCUUCCAUUUGAACUAGAUCAAGAUCAAGAACUGCCAUUAGGAGUCCAAUUCAAUAUUUUUGAGUGUGGUGGCAUUUGCAUUGGUUUGUGCCUUUCGCAUAAUAUUGGAGAUGCAUUAUCAAUUGUACUAUUUGUAAAAAUUUGGGCUGCCAUUACUCGUGGAGAAGAAGAAAUAACAAGGCCAGAAUUUGUGUCGGCCAAGCUUUUUCCUCCCAAAGAUUUCUCAGGGUUUAAUCCAAGAAUUGGUUUUGCUAAAGAAAAUGUUCUCACAGAAAGGUUUGUGUUCAAGUCCUCUUCAAUAGAGUCUUUAAGAGCAAAAUAUGCAGCAAGUACAAGCUUAAAGAGCCAGCGGCCGCCUUCACGAGUCGAGGCUUUAUCAGCUUUCAUAUGGACCCGUUUCAUGGCUGCAAUCAAGCAACAAACAGAAGAACCUUCAGAAAAGAUAUAUAUGAUGCUUCAUGCAGUGAACCUACGUACAAGAAUGAAUCCGCCAUUGCCAGAAAAUUCUUUUGGGAAUUUCUAUCGAGUUGCGAUGACAUUUCCAUCUCCUACUAAUAAUGGAGAAGAAAGUAAUUACGAUGAUAUUGUCAUCCAAAUGAGAGAUUCAAUAAGUAAAAUUGAUACAGAGUAUGUAAAGAAACUUCAAGAGGCAGGAAAUGAUGAACACAUGGAUUUUAUCAAACAGAUGGCACAAUUUUUCAUGAGAGGCGAAAUGGUAAGUCUAAACUUUACAAGUCUGUGCAGAUUUCCUUUAUAUGAAACAGAUUUUGGGUGGCGUAAACCUAUUUGGGUUGGAUCACCAAGCCUAACUUUCAAAAACCUUGUCGUUUUCAUGGACACUCCCUCUGGAGAUGGAAUAGAGGCACUUAUACAUCUCAACCAAGAAGAUAUGCAGAAGUUCAAAGAGGACCAAGAAUUGCUUCAGUUCGUUUCGUGCUAAAGAUUAUAUUAUCUGAAGUUAGGUGUCAAUGUAUAUAUAAUUAAUUUGGUAUAAUAAUAUCAGAAUCAAAAUAUGUAAAUCUUGUAAUAGUUUUAUAAUCACUUGAUGCUUGUUUCAUUUCUAUAAUAAUAAUGGUCUUCAAAGCAAUUAACUCUAGCUAAUAAUUUUGAAUUUACGAAAGAGAGUCUGAACAAUUGCAAAAUAAUUUGAUCUAUGCAUUGGUUCCAAACUGCGGAGGAAGGAAACUAAAGUUUCCCUCUAUUUUGUAAUGGAAAUCCGGUUUUUCUCAUUCUAAACAAACAAAAUAUUCGAUCUUGUUGAAGAAUGAAGCAAAG